CUUUAUGUUAACAUCCUGAAAUUAAGGACCUGAAUAAGUGAAAGAUUCAAAUAAUUUUCAAUUAAGAGUUAAUCCUAUCUUUUAAUAUUCCCUAGAAUUUAAAAAGCUCUAAUAUUUUGUCAGUGUAAAUAUUUUUAACUAGUUUUAUUUGUUUGGUGUAUAUACAGGGCCAUCAACCAAUGAGUGACUUGAAAAUCCAUCGAUUUUUCCUGGCUUUUUAUAAUAUGGAUCGCAGUUAAUUAUCAGUUCCGAGCAUCAAGAAAAAUGGAAGACAUAAGCUCUCCAGAGGAGGGUGAAGUGAUCGAGGAGAAUAAGAAGAAAAAGAAGAAACAUAAGUCAGACAAGGAACGAAAGAAAAAGAAAAAAAAGUCAAAAGAAAGUGCAUUUUAUAAUUUGGAGGAAUAUUCAAAAACUCGAAAGAAGAAAAGAAAAAGGAAGUCUCCCAGUCCAGACGAGCGAAAAGGUCUUGGAUAUUAUUCUAUUGACCCUACAGAUCUAGAUUCUCGAAAUAAAGAUCGCCAUUCUGAUUCGCAUCAUCAAUCUCAACGUUCCAGUCAUGGUCACAGUAGUAGAAGUCGAAGAAGUCGAAGACGAGCACAUAGCCGUAGUCGUAGUCGUGAUCGAUCAUCUCAUACAAAGAGAAGACGAAGAAGCCGAUCAAGAAGUCAAUCAGUUAUCGAAAAGGUCGAUAAAGAAAAAUUGCUUCAAAUUGCAAAGGCUAACCUUGCGCGUAUGAUAAAAUCAGGUACAUUGCCUAAAGGAGUAGAUAUUAAUAAGUUGAACCUGGAGCAACUUAGAAAUUUGAAAGAAAAGAAUUCGAUUAGCCAAUGGUCAGAAUACUGUCGUGCAAUUUCUACUAUGGAAGCAGCCGCUAAUGAAGAUUCUCUUUCCGAUUCUUAUUCUGAUAGUGAUGACGAUGAAAAUGGCGAUACUAAAUCUGUUUGCUCUGCCAUUAUCAGACAUCCAUUUAAACUGAAAGAAAGAAAAGAUAUUCAAAUAAAGGUUCGGGAUUUCGCCCAGUUACCUACUAGAUCGUCCAAAGAAAUCCAGAAAGAAUUAACUGAUAAGUUUCCAGUAUCAAGUGGAGAUACUCAUAGAGUAAAAGAAUUGGAAUGGAUAGAAGUGAAACCUGAAAUGCCACCACCGGCAAAAGUACCUGAAAAAAGCAAAAAAAGAGUUUUCAAAGAAGUUCCAGACCCGAAAGAAGAAACUUCAAAAUCUACAGAUCAGUCAGAUAUGUCUGUAACGAGUUCCACUUCUGAUCAAGAAAUAGCGCCGUCAACAAAUAGUUCAGAAAUAGGUACUCUUGUGGCGUUAAGAUUAAGUGCCAAGAAAAAGCUUCAAGAAGAUCCAUUGAAUUUGGUUGCUAUCAGACAAAUUUAUGAAGCAGAAAGAUUGAUAACUGCAAAAAUGCAAGAACAAGCUCUUCAAAAUGAGCAGGCCGCUGCAAUUGCAGCUGAAAUCACAGCCUCGCAAAUGCAAGAGAGACGAUUCGUUAGAGCUGGAAUCGAACAAUUUUCGGAAGGCAACAGAAUCAAAGAUGGUAUUGGUAUGCAUUUAUUGCUCAAAAUGGGGUGGCAACCUGGCACCGGACUUGGUAGAAAUCAGAAAGGGACAAUUGAGCCUAUUAUUCCAUCUCUGAAAUUUGAUACCAAAGGUUUAGUAGCAGAAGAAGAAACUGUCAGCAAAAUUCCAGCGCAAGUUGUCGAUGUAGCUGAAAUUUCAAGAGGUAGAAACCCGAUUUCAUUUCUUCAAGAACAUUGUUCAAAACAUAAAUGGGAUUUACCUGUAUAUGAUAUGGUUGAGGCAGUUGGUCCUGACCAUAAGAAAAGUUUUAUUAUGAAAUGUAUAGUUAACGGCGUUGAAUAUAGACCAUCGGUUUCUUGUGGAACCAAGAAACAAGCCAAAGCGUUAGCUGCUACUGUUGCUCUUCAAGCUUAUGGAUUAGUGGAAAAAGAAGGAACUUGAAAAUAUCAAUUUUCUUAUUUCUUUUUUCAAUUGCCUGUCAUGAUUUACUCUUUGAGUCUAUUUCCAUAAUUGUAUAUAUAUAUUUUGUUAAAUAAAUUAAACAUAUCGCAUGUUUUCAUUGUAAAAAGCUG